CGAGUCCCGGCAUCUUCAUCUAGUCCUGCCAACCCGCAACAACAACCCUUUUACCCCCCGCAAUCCCCUUCGGUCUGCCAAAUCCUUUCCACUCCACUCCACUCGCUCGCUCUGCGCAGCUCUGCGGUCUCUCUGGCCCCCUUCGCAGCGUUCGCCCUCAGCUGACACCUCAGAGAGAGCUUUUCUCACACCCCUCUUUAGCAAUCCUCUGUCUUUCUCUCUCUCCCUCUCUCUCUUCCUCUCACUGUCUUUAGACGAAGGAGUACAUUGAGAUUUUUGGUUUUUUUUUUUUUCUUUAAAAAAAUAGCUAAUUAAUCUUUUACUCCGAGACACCAUGUCCAGCAUCAAGGAGACUGUCAAGGCCUCCCUCGUGGGCAGUAAAGAUGAUUCACAGCUGUCACACCAGGCCCAGGCAAACUUCCUUCGCCAUGCAGAGAAGGAUGAGCAGACAGGGGAGUUGUAUAUGUCAGAGGACAGCUUCAUUGAGGCGAUUGCCCCUAAGCAAGAAGAUUAUCACAAAAUUAAACGCGAACAAUAUGGUAUCCUGUUCCAGGUCGCGGACAGACGGCGUGCGGGGAGACUGUCCCUCUCCGACUGGGCCACCUUCGAAAACCUCCUGGCGAAGCCCGAUGCCGAGUACGAGAUUGCCUUUCGCCUUUUCGAUGUCGAGGGAACUGGCGCCGUCAACUUUGAUAACUUCCAGAAGCUGUACAACCUGAGCAAGAGUGCCGAUAGCAUACCGUUCGACUGGAACUCCGAGUGGGCGUCGCUCUACACUGGCCGCACAAAGACUCGUCAUGACAUGACAUACCCGCAGUUUGCGCAGAUGCUUCGCGGUCUGCAGGGCGAGCGCAUCCGCCAAGCGUUUCACCUGAUGGACAAGGAUGGCGAUGGCUACAUCGAGCCUGAGGACUUCCAGCGCAUCAUUCUGGAGACCUCGAAGCACAAGCUGUCGGACUAUUUACUCGACAACCUCCCCUCCCUCUGCAACAUCUCCGCCGGCAGCAAGAUCUCGUACGCGACCGUUCGCGCCUUCCAGAACAUCAUGCGUGAGAUGGACAUGAUUGAUCUGAUCGUGCGCGAGGCCACCAAGAAGAGCGACGACGGCAAAAUCACCCGCACCGAUUUCCUGAACGAAGCUGCAAGAAUCACUCGCUUCUCUCUUUUCACCCCCAUGGAGGCCGAUAUUCUCUUCCACUUCGCCGGGUUGGAUGCCCCCUCCGGUAGACUCGCGCAGAAAGAUUUCGCCAAGGUGAUCGACUCGUCGUGGCGUACGUCCUUCGCCGUAGCGGGCCAGGCAAUCUCGUCUGCCUCGGGUGCGGCGCACAAGGCGGCCGAGAAGACCAAGUCUCUUCUGCACAGCGUUCUGGAGUCCGCCCACCAUUUCGCGCUCGGCUCCAUUGCCGGCGCUUUCGGCGCUUUCAUGGUCUACCCUAUUGAUCUGGUCAAGACCCGCAUGCAGAACCAGCGCUCCAACCGCCCGGGCGAACGCCUGUACAACAACUCCAUCGAUUGCUUCCGCAAGGUGAUCCGCAAUGAAGGUUUCCUGGGUCUGUACUCUGGAGUCUUGCCUCAGCUCAUCGGUGUGGCGCCAGAGAAAGCCAUCAAGCUUACCGUGAACGACCUGGUCCGUGGCCAUUUCACCAACAAGGAGAACGGAAAGAUCUGGUACCCCUAUGAGAUUCUGGCCGGCGGUACUGCUGGAGGUUGCCAGGUGAUCUUCACCAACCCUCUCGAAAUCGUCAAGAUUCGCCUCCAGGUCCAGGGUGAAAUCGCCAAGACCCUCGAUGGUGCCCCUCGUCGUUCGGCUCUGUGGAUCGUGAAGAACCUUGGUCUGGUGGGAUUGUACAAGGGAGCGAGCGCCUGCCUUUUGCGUGAUGUUCCCUUCUCUGCGAUUUACUUCCCCACCUACGCUCACCUCAAGUCCGAUCUGUUCGGUGAAACCCCGACCCAGAAGCUCGGAAUCGUCCAGCUUCUGACCGCGGGUGCCAUCGCCGGUAUGCCGGCUGCUUACCUGACGACCCCCUGCGAUGUGAUCAAGACGCGUCUGCAGGUCGAGGCUCGCAAGGGUGAUACCAAGUACACCGGCCUGCGCCACUGUGCCCAGACCAUCCUCCGCGAGGAAGGCUUCAAGGCUUUCUUCAAGGGAGGCCCUGCCCGUAUCAUCCGUUCCUCGCCUCAGUUCGGUUUCACUCUCGCCGCCUACGAGCUUCUGCAGGGAUGGCUUCCCAUGCCUGGCUCUCACGAAGAGAUCACCCCCGCCGGCCAAAUUGAGCCUGGGGUCGGUCUGCAGGGCGCCAAGGCCCCGCUCCCCUACCUGAGGUCCAGAAACGCCCUGAAGCUCAUCAUGGAUCUGGAUGUGAACUUUGGUCGGAUCAAGAUCCCCCAGUCCCAGAGCUGGCCUUCCUUCUUGCAAAACUCCAAGCAAUGAUUUUUUUUUUUCGCAACUCUUGUUUUGAAAGCGAUUGAUCGUCAAUUUUUUUUCCUAUUUUUCCACCCAUAUUCUCCCUCCCUCUUUUGCAUUAUAUUUUUUGUUUCCCCCCCCUCCCUCUGCAUGAGCAUGAGCAUGGGGGUUCAAAAUGAAAAGCCCUUAACCUGGAUAUCCUCCACACAAAUGUUUUAGGGACCGCUACUACCCACCCACAAAGUCUACACAUACCUCUCUGUUUUCCUUUCUGUUCAUUAUCAUGUCCCCCCACCCAUCCAUUACCCUCCCCCUCCCCCUGGGGACACCGCUAAAUACUCGUGGAUUGUAACAACAGCAGAUAGACUUUGAAGGGCGGCUGUCGUUUUUUACAUAGAUGACCAGCCUCCCUUUCUUUUCCAUUGCAGAGCCACUCUUGGGGUCUUCUUGCAAUUCUGAAUACAAUAGAUGAUCCUGUGCUAC